GACGGCGACGCACCGCAGUCACGCUCCCGCUGCGCCGCCGCCACGCCAGUCACGGGAAAACGCGCGAGCCCGCAUCGGCUUUCUGCUCCUGCAGCCGCACAUAACCUCGCGCCUCGAAAGUGCGCGAUGUAGCCGCUCAUCUCGCACGAGAUCGCAGGCGAAAAGUCACACGGCCACGCGACACAUCAACAAUUACUAAACAAUUAGUGAACGCGCGCGUAAUGUAAACACCCGCAGUCCAACUAGCGGCACUGCGACAAGCUUAUAAUCAAAAAUAACAAAGUUUCGCAAUUCAAUUAACACAAGUCUUCCAAAGUUACCUACUUGACGUUUUCAAAAUUAAUAAUAUUAAUAACGUAAUAGUAAAUAAAUAUUUAAGCUCCGAGCCAUUGCUGUAAUCAUAAGAUAAAAUUCCAAAAGAGCUAAAAACAAAAAAUUAAAAAUUAAAAUAAAAAACAAUCGUAAAAUCAAUUAUAUAUAAAUAAAAAUAUAUAAAAGGUGCAUUUUUAUAACUAACCAAAGCUUCAACGUGCAAUUAUCAUAGAAUAGACAUAAAACUAGAAUAUUUACAUCAUAUACAUCCCGGAUAAUAAUAAUACAAUAAUAAAUAUUACAACAUUAUCUAGUUUUACGCCUACAGCACAAGUUAAAUGUACACACGAGGGAGUACGCACGCGUGAGUGACGGCCGAUGUCCGAGUGCAUCACCCGAGGUGCGCGGACGAGUGAUGCGAUACAAAAAGCGUAAGCGAGUGGCCACGUGGAAAGUGAUACGAAGAUGCGUGAUUUUCUUCACGGCGAUCUGCGUGAUACCGGUGCUACUGGUGCUGCUCGUUACGACAGAUCAAUAUAUGCGGCCGGUGCGCGCUGGAAAGUCCACAUUCGAUAGAUCCGAGCACGGCCGUUUGGAUGUAUUAUCACACCGAGUCGCGAAAAAUAUGACCGCAGUUGAGGAGCGUCUAUUGCAACGUAAAGCGUACCUGCGUAGGAUGUGCUCUCACAUGGGUCUUGACAUUGAAGCGAAUGAUACCCUGCAUAAACCUAAUCCAUGGGAGUUCCUCAUUAACAAGCAACACCAUCUCAUCUGGUGUAACGUGUUCAAAGCAGCCAGUACUUCAUGGAUGUACAAUUUUAAUGUACUGGCGGGAUAUAAUCCACAAUUUUUGAAGAAAACCAAACAAGUGCCUCUAAAUCUCGCCAGGCAGAGAUACCCCCGUCCCAGCCUUGCAGAACUGCGCAGCGCGUUCAGGACUUCGAUCUCCUUCCUCAUCGUGCGCCAUCCGCUCGAACGGCUGUUAUCCGGUUACAACGACAAAAUUCAAUACUCCCUGCCGCACACUUAUCACCGAAAAUUGGGCAACGAAAUUAUACAAAAGUAUCGCUCCACUAAGACAAAAUUAACAGGAAAAUUAAAAGUUCAACGGUAUCCAUCAUUCCCCGAAUUCGUCGCUUAUAUAUUAGAUCAGGCGAAAAACGAGCAGCCAAUGGACAUGCAUUGGACGCCGAUUACGAAAUUCUGCACGCCGUGUCAAUUCGACUUUGAUGUCAUUGCGCACACGGAAACCCUGCAGGAGGAUCAAGAAUAUCUCAUCCAAAAAGCGGGUCUUCAGGACGUCAUAAAACCCGAGUGGAGAAACGUCGGCCAUGGUUAUACUGCCAAGAAGGUCGAGCAGCAGUAUUCCCAGCUGACGCGUUCACAAAUUUUACAACUAUAUCACAUUUAUAGAUACGACUUUGAGCUCUUCAAUUAUUCACUGCAAGGAUAUUUAGACGUCGCGCAACCCGACAAGGAUCCCUCCGACCUGCUCGCCGCCAUUACGAUGAAGAAGCUAUGAGGCAGGCAACCAACAUGACAUGUAUGCAAUGUAGUACAGCUACCAAGUAAUAAAAAACGCAAUAAAACUACAUAUAAACCAGAAAAACUAAUAAAAUACCGUGAAAUAUUUUGUUGGGAACUAAGCUAUUCGUAAUAAAAGUUAACUUGCUCAUUGAAUAGUCGAUAGGGUUAUGUUUUGCAAGAAAUUGUGAUACUUAGAGUGAGUACAAUCCUAAUUACUAUAUUAACGUAGCCAUUAAGCGACUAUCAAACUUUUUAAACCUCAAUAUCGAGAUAAAUAAACAAGUUGUUAUAAGUUA